GAUAUUUGACUACAUAGUUCAAUGUGCACAUUUUGUGUACAUAGAGGCGCUGAUGAAUGAAAACACCUACGCUGCGUUCGGAAAGUCGGAACGUCACCCCCGAGUGCUUUCGGGUAUCAUUCUGUCUGUUUCACAUAUAACGAACAACAAGGAUAGAAUUAUACCCCAGAGCACUCGGGUGAUGUUUCUGAAUGCAGCCCUAAAACGACGCGAUGACCGCUCUCAGGUUCCUCUCUGGUCAAACAGAGCGAGACAGAGCGCGAUGUGUAGUGUGUGUUUGGAUACUCCUCACACGUGUGCGCAGUAAAAAGAAAGCAGACGCUAUUGCUUGCUGCCAUCUUCCUUCUGAGAGCCAAAGUUAUUACACAUUGAAAUGUGUUACCACACAUUGGAAAAAUGUGUUCACACACGCGAGCUACUUGACCGCCUUGAAGCAUUUGAGUGACCAAUCAGAACAAAGAAUUUUAUGAAUUGACCAAUCAUAGAAUGUUUCGAAGCGUUGUAACGUCAAGUGGAUCCACGAAUCCCAUCGAUGUUCUUCGGCGCGCAAUCCAUCGAUUCAAAAAUCUUGAAACGAGAAACACGAACGGUUGAGGUGUGUCGUAUUCCGAUCGAAUUCCACAUGAAAAGUGAAUUAACUCGAGAAAAAGGGAAGGUGAAGAAUAAUAUCCAUCAAGAAAAAGUGCGUCUAAAUGAGAUAUAUCCAAUAAUUAUAAAAACUAGGAAAUUCUUUAAUUCAGCUACUCCAAAAAGAUGUUCUAUCCAACUGAACUACUUUCUCGUCAACGAAGAUACAAAUUAGCUCCUUGUUGGUUGGCUGCAUUAACUAAUGAGAAAUCAUUUAAGAAACAUUAUAAUUCUAGUGCCAUAAAGAAGAUAAAUGUUAUACAAACUUGUGAGGAGAUUAUGCGAAUAAUACAGUCGUCCAACAGCAGAUCAGAGAGAUUCACCAUGUACCUAUCGUCGCAUUUAAUGUGUGGUGUAACAAAAAUUUUAUCUUAUCAGACUGCAUUAUAUCAAAAGGAAAUUUUUGAAAUUCAAGAAAAACUGGAAUCUAAUGCAUUAUUAAAGAAGAAACAGGAUAAAAAACAAAGACCAUCUGGUAGAGAGAAAGAUGAUGAAGGAUUCCCUUCGCUGCUUCGUGAUGGUGUGACUGCAAUUGACGAUUUUGAACCUUCUGCAAUAGAAUUGCCUCUCUCAGGUCCAAAUUUGCUCAAUGCACAAUUGGGAGUGGAUUUGCACCUUCUCUCUGAUGAUAAUCUCAGUAAUGGACUACAAAGGAAUAUGCAAGCUGCUGCAGAGUUGAAUUUUGGUUGCUUAAAUGACAAGAACCUUGCACUAUUCGGAUAUAAUACUAUCUUUGAUGGAAAUAUUGAAAGUUUGAUGGAACUAUUACAAAAUAUCGGUAAUGAAAAAGACAUCUCUGAGAAGAUGGCUGAUGUAACAAUCACAGAGGAGAUUCAUCGAGAAAGAUCGCAAUCUUUGGAAAUCCGUAGUCCAGUGAUUGUAGAUAUAUCGAAAAUAAACGACAAGUCGAAGAAAGAAUUAUCUAUGACUCCACAAAAACGACAGCAACGAGAGAUACAAGUUGAAACACCUACAAAGAAAAGACGUUUGUCCUUUGAGACUGCACCUUUUCCUCCUGUAGAAGAUAUGCCAGUACUUUCUCCUCCUGUAGAGGAUGUGCCAGUACUACCUCCUCCUGCAGAAGAUGUGGCAGCAUCAGCUUUUGAAUUACCUAUCGAAGAAACAAACACAUUAGUUCUUCCACAGCAAAAGGAAUUGGACAUGGAAUUGGAACCAUUACAUUCAAAUUAUUUUGUGAUUAAAAAGCACCCAAAGAAAAGUAUAAUUAUCGAUGAAAGAAUCACCUUAAGUGACAAAGAGUGCCAGAAAUGGCGUCAAAAUAUAAAAAUUUGUUGCAAGCAAUCAGUUGAUAAACCGUUAGUGCGCAAGGUAUCAGCGAAAAGGCUUUUAGAACUACCUCUGUGCUUAACUACUCGACAUUCCCGAUGGAACACUAAAUUACAUGAUCUUUUUGUUAAUCACACUAUUGGACCGUUUACAAACGAUGUAUAUGAGGAUGUCGCGCCUGCUGAAUUCAUGCAAUCACAAGAAGUAAUGCGUGUAGAAGAGACAAAUAAUGAACUAAACCUUCCUACGGAAGAUUUGAGUACAUUUCCGAAGAUAGAUACUGCAAUUGCUGUCGAACCUAUAGACAGUAUCAUAAGAGAACUCGCGAUGACAAAUAUAGCUCAUGAAACUACAGAGGUACCGUUAAUGGAAACGGUACCAGACCAUACCACGAUUACUUUAGGGGAAGAUAAUAGUGCUGUUGAGCAUAGACAAGAUAAACAAAAAACAACAAAUAUAAGUAACAUUAAUGAUGAAGAGAGUUUUGAAGAUAUAGAAAUUUUAUUAAAAAGACAGCGAUGUUCUUCAAAAAUGAAAGACACAUUAGAACAUUCUAUCCCCACUAACGAGGAUGUACCACCUUCCUUGACCCAUCAUGAAAUAUGGGCUUUAUUAGAAGUUUUAUGGCAUGACAAAGAAUAUGUCAAGUUUAGUGAGCUUAUUCCGGAGGACACAUAUACGAGAGAUGAUGCUGCUACCGCUUUUAACAUACUUCUUGAGUUCCAUGCUCAAAAAAAGCUUAUUUUGCAACAGGCUGAGUGCUAUCGGACUCUAUGGAUUCGAAAAUAUUAUUAAUUUGAAUAAAUGAUAUAAUCACUGUUAUCAUUUACUCGAAGCAAUUUUUGUAAAUUACAUUACAUGACUGAUUGUCAUUAUAGAUAUCGAUAUUAGCUAUAAUAUUUCCAUUGUGGAAGUAUUUAUAUUAUUUUUAAUGACUGGUAUACUUUUUUUAAUGAAUGAUAUAUUUUUUAUUUUUACUUAUAGAAC